AUCCCUCUCUUUGUUCCUGAGAUAGAUUUUGUGGGUUUGCAUGAAGACAGUGUUGUAAAACCGAAACUCCUCAUUGGUCAGAUGUUGUAGUUUGAUGACAUUUAUCCCAGAUGUUGAGGAACAAUAUUGUACAGAGGUGAGAAGACAGGUGUGUUUACCAGAAUGUAACAUGAUAUUUAUGAAUGGAGACGUGAAGGCCUUAUCACUACUGCCCCCAGAGGAGGUUGAGAACAACCCCAACGGAGCCCCCAGUCAAUCAACCCAGCCUCCUGUAUUUGGGUCCAACACUUCCUGACAGGUUCUCCGUGACUUCUGGCAUUGGUGACAAACCGCCCUCCUGGGGCUCUAAGACAUAAAACUGUUAAAUAAUAGGUUGUGGGAUCAGAUCAAUGCAGCAACCCUGAUGGAGGGCGCCACUGCCAAGGCAGGUAGUCCAACCCUCAAUGUCCCUUUUUCUGAGCUCCUCCCUACACCCCCAGUGACAUGCAAUGGAAGAAUCACAGUUAUGCAUCAGGCUGAGUUUGAAACUCCUCCACCCCUCAAAUAAUUUCAUCAAACACUAGGAUUACAGUCCACUAGUCUGUGAAACGUUAAACAAAAAGGGUGUUUUUAGUCUCUUAGAUUUAUUUUAGUGGAUUAGCACAAUUGGCUUUUCCUUAAAUUCCCUGGUAUGCUGGAUUAUUAUAAAAGAAAUAUAUUAUUUUUUCUUUUUUCAGAAGUUUUUUUUUUUUCAACACACCUAUAACACAUAUAUAUCAUAUAUAGUUUCACCAAAUGAUAUGUGUGAGGUUUUCCUAUUUCAAGUAUUAGAUCUACAAGACACAAACCUUCUAAAAAACAACAAACUUUUUUAUAUAGGCUAUUUUUUUAUUCUUUUUUUUUGUUGUAUUUAUUUUAUAAUAUUUUGCUCUGCAUUCAUCUAUUUUUUAAAUUCUAUAAAAUAAACUUGCCUUCCCUUGCCAAUAGCACUUGAUAAUUCAAUAACCUUCAUUGACGGUGUGUAUUGGAAGUUUUUUAGUUCGUCACUUCCAUAGACUUACUUCGGAUGCUUGUUUAAUUUUGUUUUUAAAUAAAGUUUUUUUUUUCAACGCUGCCAUUGGUAAAACACGUUCUGAUUGGCUAAAAUGUGUUCACUCUGAUUCCCAAUAGUUCCUCAAUUUGGUUUGUCAGGUAGCAAGUAAAUCUAAAAUACUUCUGUAAAUUACACUAUAAGUAUCUAUUUUUUAUUUAAUGUUUUGUUAAAUGUUACUGAUAUAUAUAUAUUCUAAUUAUUAACUGUAUUUAAAAUCUUGUAACAUAUGGGUGGUAAGUUUCGAUUUGGUCCUGCGAGACUUUACCCGGGAAAAACAAGCAUCGGGUUCAUGUAACAACACAAUAAACGCCCGAAAGCGGAAGUGAUGGAAAGAGUAAAAAAAGUACGAUUGAGCAAAAGUUAUCGUGUCAAGACGUACAGAAAUGCGUAAUAUUAAGGCAGACGUUGAAAUAUGACAGUAACUAGUUCCUGUUUAGUCCAAAACAAAGGAGAAGAGGGGACGCGCGGAGCAUGCGUGGAUCGGAGUUAACUCAGUUUAAAGCCGAGACGCCGCAACGACACUGAUGUUCACAUCAAGAAAGUGUUUAACGAUGAUUUUGUGAUGAUUACAGAAGUUUUUAUCCAGUCCGUGCCAAAGCCAGCGUGCAGUGUUACUCUGGAGGUGAAGCUUGGACCCGCGCCCAGUCUCCCCGCCGCUGCAGGACCCCAGCCCGCUGUCUGGCUCUGUGAUGACUAUGGCAGGAAUAGCCUGGUACCAGGAGAAGAUCAGAGCGUAUGACCAGCAGGUGUGGGAGAAAUCACUGGAGAAAGCAAACCUAGGCCUGGAAAACAAACCAAAGAAAACUGGUUACAUCAAGCCAGACCUCAUUGAUGUUGACUUGGUUAGAGGAUCAACGUUCAGUAAAGCCAAACCGCAGAGUCCAUGGACCGCUCUGACCCGAAAGGGUCUGGUGAGGGUGCUGCUUUUUCCCUUCUUCUUCAACUGGUGGAUCCAGGUGACCUCCAGAUCCAUCUCCAUAUGCAUCCUCCUGCUGUACGUGAUGCAAGUGGCAGCUGUGCUGCUGUACCUGGAGGUCCCCAAGGCGAGCGCCAGCGAGGCCUUCGGGCCCAUGUGCCUCAUGUUGCUGCUGGGCACCGUGCACUGCCAGAUCGUGUCGACUGAGUGCAGCCAAGGGCCUUCGGUGUGUCCGGCAGCCAUCAGCAGUCCUGCACGCAGAAGAAGGCCGCGGAAGGGCAGAGGGUUGAAAAAAGCGGAAGACACGAAUGACAGCUGGAACACGGAGACGCAGAGCGGUCAGCAGCGUGACGGCGGCCAGCGAGAGGAGGGGACGGUACAGUCACUCACCUGUGGGCUCCUGUGCCAGACCAAAAACCAGUCGGGGUUCGGAGCGUCUGACGAGCUCUCCAGUGAGGAAGAGGAGCAGGACGAAGGGGUGAAAACGAUUCGACCUUCUCAGCUCUGCAGCCACCCUGCCAUGAAGGUUUCUGGGUCCGGUUCUUCUGUUCGGAAGCGAAACCUGCUCUCCAGCAUCAAGCCGAGGCCUCAAGAAGGGGGAGGAGUCUCCGCCGUGGCCCGCGAGGUGGCGCACCACAGGGCUGGAGCGGGCUCUCGUCCGGCCUCGGACACGGACGACAACAUGUGGGAGGAGCUUCUCCAGGGGCCGGACACCGCCUCCACAGGAAGCAGCGACACGGAGGGGGACGAGGGUUUGAACGGCGAAGUGAACUUCUCCCAAAACACCACGCAGAGCAGCGACGAGGAGAGCCCGCCGCAAGGCAUCACCAACAGCCAGCUGACCUGGCUGCAGGCGUGUCACCCGUCCAAGGACCGCGUCAGCGCCAUCAUAUGGGAGAAGGGCGAGUGCAAGAAAGCAGAGCUGUCUGUGCUGGAGAUGAGUGGCAUCAUCCUCAGCAGGGUGAAGAUGGUGGAGCAGGGUUUGGGUUACCUGGUGCUCGGGGGGCUCAUUACUGCCACCCUGGCUCUGCUGCCCUUCGCCUUCCGCCUGGCUCAGCGUCUGGACAUGAGGAGCCUGGGCUCGCACUCGCUGCCUCAGCUGCUAGAGAUCGCGGUGGGACCGCCCGACGUGCGGGCCUACGCCUUUUUCUUCAUCACGACUGUGCAGAGAGUCUGCUUCACCGGGCUCUUCUUCUUCAUGAUGUGUGUGGCUGAGCGGACGUACAAACAGAGACUCCUGUUUGCGAAGUACUUCAGUCAUCUCACUUCUGCUCGUAAGGCCAAGAAGUCCGAGGUUCCUCACUUCCGUCUGAAGAAAGUGCAGAACAUCAAGAUGUGGCUGUCCCUGCGCUCCUUCCUCCGGAGGCGGGGGCCGCAGCGCUCCGUCGACGUCAUCGUCUCCACCAUUUUCCUCUCGGCGCUUUCCGUCUCCUUCAUCAUUUGUGCUCAGCUCCUGCACAGCCCCAAGACCUUCUUGGAGUCGCUGACCAACUGGGAGUGCAUGGUGUGGGGCUCCUCGCUCCUCCUCUUCCUGCUGCGCCUCGCCACGCUGGGCUCGGAGACCAACUCCAAAUACAGCAACUCCUCCGUGCUGCUGACGGAGCAGAUCAAUUUGUACCUGAAGAUGGAGAAGAAGCCCAACAAGAAGGAGCAGCUCAACAUCGUCAACAACGUUCUAAAACUGGCCACGAAGCUGAUGAAGGAGCUGGACUCUCCCUUCAGGCUGCUGAGUCUGACCGUCAACCCUCUGAUCUACACCAUGACCAAGGUGGUCAUCUUGUCGGCCGUGUCCGCCGUGGUCAGCAAGCUGCUGGGCUUCAACAUCCGACUGUGGAAGAUCAAGCCCUGAUGAGAAGCAAAGCUUCCAGAACGCUCUCGCCACCACCGUCUGCGCCUCCCAGCGGAGUCAAGAGAGGCUCUGACGAUCUGAGCGGCGGCUCGGCUGGUUUGGCAGAACGCUUCCGUCAUCCGUGCCACUGACGUCUCUUUAAGAGAGCUCGUACAGAAAGAAGCUGCUGUCUGAGAGGAUCUCAGGCCUUUCAACAUUUCCAAUGUGUCUUGUCCAGAUUCGCUUUCUAAUGUUGAUUCAUGUCAUGUACAGUUUACUCCUUCUUUUAUAGGAAAAGUGUCAAAUAAUUAGUCAGCUAAUCAAAAUGGGCUAACAGGUGUAAUUGUUUUCUGUCAAUCUUAGCUUGUUGUGUAUUUAAUUAUGAAAUUGUUUGUAUUUAUUCUGGGGUCUCCUUCAGCUCUGGGGCUUUUUCUGGUACCUGUAUAUAUUGAUCUUUGACCACUAUCUGCCUUUUCCUAUCCACCCAGGAAUCAAUGAUCUAUGCAAAGACGGUUUAAACCUUCAUUAAUGAUAAUAAAGAGUUUUACAUUUGCUGAGUUUACAGCAUUCUAACUUU